CAACUUGGGACAGUAGAGGGAACACCAGCUUUGCAAUCAGAUCAGACCUGUGUCUGCAUCCUACUGACGGGUAUGAUUUUGGCUCUUUCAGUCUAAUAUGGCAAUGAAAACAGCUUGUAUGUCCUCACAAGCAUCUGAUGAUGAACAGAGAAAAAGAGAAAAUAUUCGUUCCUUGACUAUGUCUGGCCAUGUUGGUUUUGAGAGUUUACCUGAUCAGCUGGUCAAUAGAUCCAUUCAGCAAGGUUUCUUCUUUAAUAUUCUCUGUGUGGGGGAGACUGGAAUUGGAAAAUCGACACUGAUCGACACAUUGUUUAAUACUAAUUUUCAAGACCAUGAAUCCUCACAUUUUUACCCACAUGUUAGACUUAAAGCUCAGACAUAUGAACUCCAGGAAAGUAAUGUUCGAUUGAAAUUGACUGUUGUGAGUACAGUGGGAUUUGGUGACCAAAUAAAUAAAGAAGAGAGCUACCAACCAAUAGUUGACUACAUAGAUGCUCAGUUUGAGGCCUAUCUCCAAGAAGAACUGAAGAUUAAGCGUUCUCUCUUUAACUACCAUGAUUCUCGCAUCCAUGUGAACAUUAUACCAGUGAUUGCCAAAGCAGAUGCGAUUUCUAAAACUGAAUUACAGAAGUUUAAGAUCAAGCUCAUGAGCGAGUUGGUCAGCAAUGGCAUCCAAAUAUACCAGUUCCCUACAGAUGAUGACACUAUUGCUAAAAUCAAUGCUGCAAUGAAUGGACAUUUGCCAUUUGCUGUUGUAGGAAGCAUGGAUGAGGUAAAAGUUGGAAAUAAGAUGGUCAAAGCUCGCCAGUAUCCUUGGGGUGUUGUACAAGUGGAAAAUGAAAACCACUGUGACUUUGUAAAGCUGCGGGAAAUGCUCAUUUGUACAAACAUGGAGGACCUGCGAGAGCAGACCCACACUAGGCACUAUGAGCUUUAUAGGCGUUGCAAACUGGAGGAAAUGGGGUUCACAGAUAUGGGCCCAGAGAGCAAGCCACUCAG